AUGUUCACCUUAAUUGGGGGCAGAGCAAGUGUUCCCCUUGCUAUUCUCAUAAAGAGUACUGCAACUAUCACACCAUCAACUCAAAGAGUCUCAGUUUUCUCUUUUAUGUAUAGUACAGCUUUGGCAGCAGCAAUCCUAGGCUUUAGACUGAGUUCAGCAACAAUGAAAUCUUUGGGGAACUAUGCCGCACACUUGGUCGGUCUUGCAUUAAUGUCCUUAGCUUUAUGCUUAAGCCUCCUCCUUCCAAUGGGGGAGGUAGCUCAGUCACCAGCUUCUGAGCCCGAGAUUGAUUCUGCUUCGGUAUAUACCAACAUCUCAGACUCCAGAAUGCAGCGUAUCAACAGCAGGCACGCGGUGAUUGGAUAUUUUAAAAAUCUCCUACAGAUCAGAGGUGCUAUCCCAUUGUCAAUUGCUGGGUUCUUCGUUACACUCGGUCAGAGGGUCCAGAUUUUAAUCCUUCAAUAUAUGCCAGAGCAGUUUAGCAUCAUUGUUCUUAGCACCAGAAUUGGCCUUAGCAGCCUUUUGCAAUCUAUCUUUGUUGAACUCUUUUCAUUAGAGUAUACAGCUUUUGCUACGAUAUUGAUAUCUACUAUGAAGAGUAUGGGUGAUACCUUCUCUAGAUCUAUAUACUUCUACACCUUUGCAUUGAGUUUAGACAUGGAUGAAGUACUGCAAGGUUUGCCAUUCAUAGUGUCUGCGGCUUGUUUCGUAGUCGUCGCUAGCGUGCUUAUUACAAUGGCUAAAACGCCGCGAGUGAGAAGAGACAUAUCGUGA